CGGGAGCGCCGUGUCCCGGGGCGACGGCAGAUAAGAGGCGCGUAAAAAAUGGAGAAGGGGAGAGUUCUCUUGUUCGUGUCGCUGGAGAAAACAAAUGUGGGCCGGGCUUGUGAGAAAGAGAAGAUUUGACUCUGCUAUCUGAUACGGCCCCUCGCGUGUGUUUUGCCUCACUCCAUGUGGCUCGGAUAGGAGAGGGAGAAAAGUUUUGCGGAGUCGGGGGCUGCAACCGCGCGUAUUUCUCUCAAGUUUGGGGGCGUUCUCCUGAAAGUCCAGCGCGCUGCGCAUUACGCGCCGCGGCACACACAGGAUGGCUGAGGCCAAAGAGACGGUGUGCGCCGCGGCUCCGGCUUGGCACGGAGACCAGGGAUUUAUUUAUCAACGCGCUAAUUUCAUCCACGAAAUGAGCUGCGGAGAAGUCGGCUCCCAUUUGUACAGCAGGAUGUGUUGUGCAGACGAACGGGACCGUGUACAGAAAAAGACCUUCACAAAAUGGGUCAACAAGCACUUGAUGAAGGCCCAGCGGCACGUCACCGACCUGUACGAAGACCUCCGAGACGGACACAACCUCAUCUCCCUGCUGGAGGUGCUCUCUGGAGAGACACUGCCGCGGGAGAAAGGCCGGAUGCGGUUCCACAAACUGCAGAAUGUACAGAUCGCCCUGGACUUCCUCAAACACAGACAGGUCAAACUGGUCAACAUCAGGAAUGAUGACAUCGCAGAUGGAAACCCCAAACUGACCCUGGGGCUGAUAUGGACCAUCAUCCUUCACUUCCAGAUCUCAGACAUUCAGGUGAACGGCCAGUCAGACGACAUGACGGCCAAGGAGAAGCUGCUGCUGUGGUCGCAGAGGAUGGUGGAGGGAUACCAGGGCAUGCGCUGUGACAACUUCACCACCAGCUGGAGGGACGGCAAGCUCUUCAACGCCAUCAUACACAAACACAGGCCCACGCUGAUUGAUAUGAGUAAAGUUUACCGACAGUCCAACCAGGAGAACCUGGAGCAGGCCUUCAGCGUGGCAGAGAGAGAGCUGGGCGUCACCAGACUGCUGGACCCCGAGGAUGUGGAUGUGCCCCAUCCGGAUGAAAAAUCCAUCAUCACAUACGUCUCCUCUCUGUAUGAUGUCAUGCCCAGAGUGCCAGAUGUGCAGGACGGUGUCAAAGCUAACGAGCUGGAGCUGCGUUGGCAGGAGUAUUACGAGCUGGUGACCAUGCUGCUGCAGUGGAUCAGGCACCACAUCCUUGUCUUCGAGGAGAAAAAGUUCCCCACCAGCUAUGAGGAAAUUGAGGUUCUUUGGCGUCAGUUUCUGAAGUUCAAAGAAACAGAGCUUCCUGCCAAGGAGGCAGACAAGAACCGCUCCAAACACAUCUUCAAGUCUUUUGAGAGUGCGGUCCAGGCCGGCCACGUCAAAGUGCCACCAGGGUAUCACCCCCUCGAUGUGGAGAAGGAAUGGGGCCGUCUGCACGUCGCCAUCCUGGAGAGAGAGCGUCUCCUGAGGACAGAAUUUGAGAGGCUGGAGCGUCUUCAGAGGAUCGUCAGUAAGGUCCAGAUGGAGUCGGGUGUGUGUGAAGAGCAGCUCAACCAGGUGGAAACUCUGCUGCAGACGGAUGUGAGGAUGCUGAGCUCAGGGAAACCUGCUCAGCACACAGCAGAGAUGGAGGCGGACCUGGAAAAGGCAGAAGGAAUGAUCCGGUUCCUCUUCAACGACGUGCAGCUGCUCAAAGAUGGACGCCACCUUCAAGCUGAGCAGAUGUAUCGCAGAGUGUACCGUCUCCAUGAGAGGCUGGUGAACCUGCGCAGUGAGUACAACCUGCGUCUCAAGUCGGGCGUGACCGCGGCCCAGGUGCCGCUGACUCAGACCCAAACCCUCACCAUCCUGCAGCAGGCCCCCAUGAGGGUGAGGCCCGAGCUGGACGAAGUGACCCUGCGGUACAUCCAGGACCUGCUGGGCUGGGUGGAGGAGAACCAGCAGCGGGUGGACCAGGGUGACUGGGGCUCUGACCUGCCCACCGUCGAGUCCCAGCUGGGCAGCCACCGCGGCCUGCACCGCUCUGUGGAGGAGUUCCGCGCCAAGAUCGAGAGGGCGAAGGAGGAUGAGAAUCAGGUCUCGCCUGCCGGUAAAGCUGCCUACCGUGACUAUCUGGGAAAGCUGGAGCUGCAGUAUGGAAAGCUCCUGAACGCAUCUAAGGCCCGCCUGCGCUACCUGGACCAGCUCCACGCCUUCGUCACCGCGGCAACCAAGGAGCUGAUGUGGCUGAACGAGAAAGAGGAAGAGGAGGUGAACUACGACUGGAGCGAACGCAACACCAACAUGACAGCCAAGAAGGACAACUACUCGGGUUUGAUGCGAGACCUGGAGCAGAGGGAGAAGAAGGUGAACAUUGUCCAGGCCACAGGGGACAAGCUGCUGCGGGACGGACACCCUGCCAGGAAGACAAUCGAGGCCUUCACCGCAGCGCUGCAGACUCAGUGGAGCUGGAUCCUUCAGCUCUGCUGCUGCAUCGAGUCCCACCUGAAGGAAAACACCGCCUACUUUCAAUUUUUCGCUGAUGUGAAGGAGGCAGAGGAGAGGAUGAAGAAGAUGCAGGACACGAUGAAGAGGAAGUACACAUGCGACCGCUCCAUCACUGUCACGCGGCUCGAGGACCUCCUACAGGACGCAGCUGAUGAGAAGGAGCAGCUGAAGGAGUUCAAAACCCACCUGGAGGGUCUGAACCGCCGCGCCAAAACAAUAGUCCAGCUGAAACCACGCAACCCGGCUACCCCGAUAAAGGGCAAGCUGCCGGUCCAAGCUGUGUGCGACUUCAAACAGAUGGAAAUCACAGUUCACAGAGGAGAUGAGUGCGCUCUGCUGAACAACUCUCAGCCCUACAAGUGGAGGGUGCUGAACAGCAACGGCAACGAGGCCACAGUGCCCUCCAUCUGCUUCCUGGUUCCCCCGACCAAUAAGGAGGCAGUGAACAGCGUGGCAGGGCUGGACGGUAACCUCCAGAGGCUGAUGACGCUGUGGCAGACGAUGCACGUGGACAUGAAGAGUCUGUUGUCAUGGCAAUACCUGAUGAGAGACAUCCACAUCAUCAACUCCUGGAACAUCACCAUGUUCAAGACCCUGAAAGUGGACGAGUACCGGCUGGCGCUGAGGAACCUGGAGCAGCACUACCAGGACUUCCUGCGGGACAGCCAGGACUCCCAGCUGUUCGGGGCAGAGGACCGCAUGCAGGUGGAGAGCGGCUACAACAAGGCUAACCAGCGCUACAACACGCUGGUCAGCUCCGUGGAGCAAGGCUAUGUGGCACCCACAGGAGGCGAGCAAGACGAGUCUCUGUGUAAGACCUACCUGAGCAGGAUCAAGGACCUGCGCCUGCGGCUGGAGGGCUGCGAGACUCGGACGGUCACCCGCCUCCGGCAGCCCGUCGACAAGGAGCCUCUGAAAGCCUGCGCCCUGAAGACUGCAGAGCAAAUGAAAGUCCAGUCCGAGUUAGAGGACUUGAAGAAAGACUUGAACAACAUAGCUGAGAAGACGGAGGAGGUGCUGGCGUCUCCGCAGCAGUCCAGCAGCUCCCCGAUGCUGCGCUCCGAGCUGGACGUCACGCUGAGGAAGAUGGACCAGGUCUACGGCCUGUCCUCCGUCUACCUGGACAAGCUGAAGACCAUCGAUGUGGUGAUUCGAAGCACCAAAGAUGCUGAGGACACACUAAGGAAUUAUGAGACUCAGCUUCGAGAUGUCACUAAGGUGCCAACAUCUGAAAAGGAGGUGGAGAGCUACCGCAGUCAGCUCAAGAAACUGCGCGGUGAGGCCGAGGCCGACCAGGUCGUGUUUGACCGCCUGCAGGACGAGCUUAAGAGGGCAACCACCGUCAAUGACAAGAUGACGCGGGUCCACAGCGAGCGUGACGCCGAGCUGGAGCAUUACCGGCAGCUGGUCAGCAGCCUUCUGGAGCGCUGGCAGGCUGUGUUCGCACAGAUAGACCUGAGGCAGCGAGAGCUCGACCUCCUGGGCCGCCAGAUGCGCUCCUACCAUGAGAGUUACGACUGGCUCAUCCGCUGGCUGGGCGAAGCCAAGCAGAGGCAGGAGAAAAUCCAAGCUGUGCCAAUCGGAGACAGCAAGGCUCUCAAGGAGCAGCUGGCACAGGAGAAGAAACUCCUGGAAGAGAUUGAGAACAAUAAGGACAAGGUUGAAGACUGCCAGAAAUAUGCAAAGGCAUAUAUUGAUGCAGUCAAGGAUUAUGAGCUUCAGGUUGUGACUUACAAAGCACUCCAGGAUCCAAUUGCGUCUCCCAUGAAGAAAGCCAAAAUGGAGAGUGCGUCUGAUGACAUCAUCCAGGAGUAUGUUACUCUGAGAACCCGCUACAGCGAGCUGAUGACUCUCACCAGCCAGUACAUCAAGUUCAUCAUAGAGACACAGCGCCGCCUGGAGGAUGAGGAGAAAGCUACUGAAAAACUAAAAGAAGAAGAGAGGAAAAAGAUGGCAGAGAUGCAAGCGGAGUUAGAAAAACAGAAGCAGUUAGCUGAGGCCCACGCUAAAGCUGUGGCCAAAGCAGAACAAGAAGCCCAGGAGCUAAAGUUGAAAAUGAAAGAUGAGGUCAGCAGGAGGCAAGAUGUCGCAGUGGAUGCUGAGAAACAGAAGCAAAACAUACAGCAGGAACUGCAACAUCUCAAGAGCCUGUCAGAGCAGGAGAUCAAGUCCAAGAAUCAGCAAGUGGAAGAGGCUCUGCUCAGUCGUACAAAGAUUGAGGAAGAAAUCCACAUCAUUAGAAUCCAGUUAGAGACUACAAUGAAGCAGAAGUCCACAGCUGAGACUGAGCUACAGCAGCUUAGAGACAAGGCGACUGAGGCUGAUAAGCUGAGGAAAGCUGCACAGGAGGAGGCUGAAAGGCUUCGUAAGCAGGUGACUGAAGAGACUCAGAAGAAGAAAAAUGCAGAGGAGGAGCUAAAACGUAAAUCUGAAACGGAAAAAGAGGCUGCCAAGCAAAAGCAGAAAGCACUGGAUGAGCUGCAGAAAUUCAAAAUCCAAGCUGAAGAGGCAGAGAGGCGCAUGAAACAGGCUGAGGUGGAGAAAGAGAGACAGAUUAAGGUAGUGGAGGAGGUCGCCCAGAAGUCUGCUGCCGCGGAGUUACAGAGCAAACGCACAUCAUUUAAUGAAAAGGCAACAAAGCUGGAGGAGUCCCUGAAGAAAGAGCAGGGCACUGUCCUCCAGUUGCAAGAGGAAGCUGAGCAGCUCAAGAAACAACAAGAUGAAGCUAACAAAGCCAGAGAGCAAGCAGAGAAGGAGCUUGAAACAUGGAGACAGAAAGCCAAUGAGGCUCUACGGUUGAGGCUUCAAGCUGAGGAGGAAGCCCACAAAAAGAGCCAGGCUCAGGAGGAAGCAGAGAAGCAGAAGGUGGAGGCUGAGCGAGAUGCCAAAAAAAGGGCUAAAGCUGAAGAGGCAGCACUUAAACAGAAGGACAAUGCAGAGAAAGAGCUAGAAAAACAGAGGAAAUUGGCAGAACAGACAGCCCAGCAAAAGCUGUCUGCGGAACAAGAAUGCAUACGCUUAAAAGCUGACUUUGAGCAUGCUGAGCAACAGAGGGCCCUACUGGAUAAUGAGCUCCAACGCCUGAAAAAUGAGGUGAAUGCUGCUGAAAACCAGAGAAAACAACUGGAAGAUGAGCUGGCCAAAGUGAGAAGUGAAAUGGAUGUUCUUCUUCAGAUGAAGAUAAAAGCUGAGAAGGAGACCAUGUCUAACACAGAAAAAAGUAAGCAGCUCCUUGAAUCUGAGGUGCUGAAAAUGAAGCAGCUUGCUGAGGAAGCGGCCCGGCUGAGAUCAGUUGCUGAAGAGGCUAAGAAGCAGAGGCAGACAGCAGAGGACGAGGCAGCUCGACAAAGAGCUGAGGCUGAAAACAUACUCAAGGAAAAACUGGCUGCCAUCAAUGAAGCAACCCGUCUGAAGACUGAAGCGGAGAUUGCUCUGAAAGAUAAAGAGGCUGAAAAUGAAAGACUCAAAAGAAAAGCUGAGGAUGAAGCUUAUCAGAGGAAGCAACUGGAAGACCAAGCCACUCAGCAUAAGCAAGACAUUGAGGAGAAAAUUACACAGCUCAAGAAAACAUCUGAUACUGAGUUAGAGAGGCAAAAAACAAUUGUGGAAGAAACUCUUAAGCAAAGGAAGGUGGUUGAAGAAGAGAUUCGUAUCAUUAAACUCAACUUUGAGAAAGCAUCAAGAGGCAAGUUAGAUUUGGAGCUGGAAUUAAACAAACUUAAGAGUGUUGCAGAGGAGGCACAGCAGAGCAAACUUAAAGCUGAGGAAGAAGCAGAAAAAAUGAAAAAGCUUGCUUUGGACGAGGAGAAGAAAAGGAAAGAAGCUGAGGAGAAAGUCAAGAGGAUCACUGCAGCGGAGGAAGAGGCAGCUCGACAGCGCAAAGCUGCUCAAGAGGAACUUGAACGCCUCAAAAAGAAAGCUGCUGAAGCAAACAAGCAGAAAGAGAAGGCAGACAAAGAAGCAGAGAAACAGAUUGUUAUAGCCAAAGAGGCAGCACAGAAAUGCAGUGCUGCAGAACAGAAAGCACAGGAUAUGCUCAGUAAGAAAAAAGAGGACAUUCUUGCUCAGGAAAAGCUUAAAGAAGAAUUUGAAAAUGCCAAGAAACUUGCACAAGCUGCCGAGAAAGCCAAAGAGAAAGCAGAAAAAGAGGCUGCCUUACUUCGUCAAAAAGCCGAGGAGGCUGAAAAACAGAAAAAGGCUGCUGAGGAUGAAGCUGCAAAGCAAACCAAAGCUCAAAAGGAUGCAGAGAAACUAAGGAAGGAAGCAGAGAAGGAGGCUUCCAAGCGAACAGAGGCUGAGGCAACAGCUUUAGAGCAGAAGCGACAGGCUGAUGCAGAGAUGGCCAAGCACAAAAAACAAGCUGAACAAACACUUAAGCAGAAGUCACAGGUUGAAAAGGAGCUAACAAAGGUUAAACUACAACUGGAUGAGACUGACAAGCAAAAAUCUGUCUUAGAUGAGGAGCUUCAGCGAGUAAAGGGCGAGGUAAAUGAUGCUGUUAAACAAAAAACGCAGGUAGAGGAUGAACUGUCCAAAGUCAAGAUCCAGAUGGAGGAACUCCUGACACUUAAGCUAAAAAUUGAGAAAGAAAACAAGCAGCUUGUACAGAAAGAUAAAGAUAAUACACAGAAACUCCUGGCAGAGGAGGCAGAGAAAAUGAAGAUACUGGCGGAAGAUGCUGCCAGGCUUAGUGCGGAGGCUCAGGAAACAGCCAGACAGAGAAUGAUUGCUGUGCAUGACCUGGCUGAACAGAGGGCACUUGCAGAGAAAAUGCUAAAGGAGAAAAUGCAGGCUAUCCAAGAAGCUACAAAACUAAAAGCUGAGGCAGAGGAGCUCCAGAGACAAAAGAACCAGGCACAGGAAGAGGCUCAGAAACUACUACAAGACAAACAACAGAUACAACAGCGCCUUGAUCAGGAGACAGAGGGCUUCCAGAAAUCAUUGGAGGCAGAGCGCAAAAGACACCUUGAAAUUUCCGCUGAAGCAGAGAAGCUGAAACUGAGGGUAAAAGAGCUCAGUAAUGCUCAGUCUAAAGCUGAAGAGGAGGCUAAGAAAUUCAAGAAACAAGCUGAUGAAAUUGGAGCUCGUCUUCAAGAGACAGAAAAACAAACUGUACAGAAAGUUGUUGUGGAAAAGCUGGAGACACAGAGACUGCAGAGCACCAAAGAAGCUGAUGAGUUACGAAAAGCCAUUGCUGACCUUGAAAAAGAGAAGGAGAAAUUGAAAAAAGAGGCAGAAGAGCUUCAGAAUAAGUCAAAAGAGAUGGAACAAGCCCAGCAAGAACAAAUUAAACAAGAGAAGACUAUUCUUCAGCAAUCUUUCCUCACAGAGAAGGAGCUAUUGCUGAAAAGAGAAAAGGCCAUUGAGGAAGAGAAAAAGAAGCUUGAGAAACAGUUUGAUGAUGAAGUGAAGAAGGCCAAAGCUCUCAAAGAUGAACAAGAGCAUCAGAUGAAACAAAUGGGAGAUGAGAAGAAGAAACUUCAGGCUACUAUGGAUGCAGCUUUGAAAAAGCAAAAGGAUGCUGAGGCUGAGAUGAAAAAUAAGCAAAAAGAGAUAGAAGAGCUUGAAAAGAGAAGAUUGGAGCAAGAAAAACUUUUGGGAGAGGAAAACAAAAAGCUUCGAGAGAAACUUCAGAGUCUUGAGGUUGUUCCAAAACAAGCCACAUCGAACACCAAGGAAAUUGAAGUCCAGACUGAUAAGGUUCCUGAGGAGCAGUUAGUUGCUAUGACAAUGGUGGAAACUACAAAGAAGGUUUUCAAUGGCUCUGUUGAAGUGGACGGGGUGAAGAGAAAUGAAGAAUCAGCUUUAGCUUUUGAUGGGAUUAGGGGGAAAGUUCCUGCUGAAAGGCUCCUUGAUGUCGGUAUCCUGACCAAAAAGGAAUUUGACAAACUUAAAAAGGGCAAAACCUCUGUGCAAGACCUGGGAAAGACUGAUAAAAUUAAGUCAUGUCUCAAGGGACAAAACACUGUUGGAGGUGUACUCACUCCUUCGAAAGAGAAAAUGAGUGUUUACCAGGCCAUGAAAGAGAAGAAGAUUUCUCCCAACACUGCCACAAUGCUCUUGGAAGCUCAGGCAGCUUCUGGUUACAUUGUAGAUCCAGUCAAAAAUAAAAUGCUAUCUGUAGAUGAGGCUGUCCGGGAAGAGUUAAUCGGCCCUGAGCUCCAUAACAAAAUGCUUUCCGCAGAGAGAGCUGCAACUGGCUUCAAAGAUCCUUACACUGGAGCCAAAAUAUCUCUCUUUGAGGCCAUGAAUAAGGGACUAAUUGAAAAGGAGCAGGCUACCAAAUUCCUAGAUGUGCAGCUUGCAACUGGUGGAAUCAUUGACCCUAUCAACAGUCACAGAGUACCCCUUCAGACAGCCUAUAAGCAGGGUCAUCUUGAUGCAGACAUGAACAAGAAGUUAACUGAUCCCAGUGAUGACUGCAAAUUGUUCAUUGACCCCAGCACUCAGGAGCAAAUCACUUACAAGCAGUUACUGGAAAGAUGCACCAAGGACGCAGAGUCAGGCCUCCUAAUAUUACCAGUAACAGAAAAAGCUGCUCCAAGUGAGAGAACAUACACAGAUGAGGAGACUAAAGAAGUAUUCAGUAAUUCAAAUGUCGUUGUGCCUUUUGGAAAAUUCAAAGGGAAAACAGUCACCAUUUGGGAAGUCAUCAAUUCAGAAUAUUUCACUGAGGAGCAAAGAAAGGAACUGAUUCGGCAGUACAAGACAGGCAAAAUCACAGUGGAAAAGAUUAUCAAAAUUGUCAUUACUGUUGUAGAAGACAAAGAGAAGAAUAAUGGAAAUGUGUUUGAUGGUUUGAGAGCUCCAGUCUCUGCCAGUGAACUUUUGGACUCCAAGGUUAUUAACAAAGACUUGUUCAACAAGUUGAGCAAUGGCAAGAUAACAGUAAAAGAGAUCUCUGAGAUGGAGUCUGUGAAAAAGGCACUAAAAGGCACACCUAGCAUUGCUGGAGUGAUAAAUGAAUCAACCAAGGAGAAAAUGCCAUUCUAUCAAGCUAUUAAGAAGGAAAUACUGUUACCUGAGACCGGCAUGAACCUUCUUGAAGCUCAAGCAGCAACUGGGUUUGUAAUUGAUCCUGUCAAAAACGAGGAGGUCAGUGUUGAUGAAGCCGUUAAAUCAGGUCUUGUUGGCCCAGAGCUGCAUGAAAGACUUCUGUCUGCGGAGAGAGCUGUCAGUGGCUAUAAAGAUCCAUACACAGGCAAAAAGGUAUCUCUGUUUGAAGCAAUGAACAAGGGCCUUAUUAAGAAAGACCAUGGUAUCCGUCUGCUUGAAGCACAGCUGUCAACUGGUGGAAUAAUUGAUCCCAUUAAAAGCUAUCGCAUUCCACAUGAGAUUGCUUGCAAACGUGGAUAUUUUGAUGAGGAAAUGAGCAAAACCUUAAACAUGAACACUGAUGAAACAAAGGUAUUUUAUGAUCCUAACUCACAGGAGGAUGCAACCUAUGCACAGCUCAUCAAAAAAUGCGUCACAGACAAAGAAACUGGACUUCCAUUGCUUCCUCUGUCAAAGAAAGCCUUACGCCAAAAGAAGCCAAAACAAGAGCAUGCGAUUACUGAGGCCAAGACAAAAGAAACUCUGAACCAGACAACAAUGGAGUUAGAGUAUGGACCUUUCAAAGGAAGAAAAGUCACCAUUUGGGAGAUCAUACACUCUGAAUACAUUACUGAAGAACAAAGAAUAGAGUUGAUUAGACAGUACAGAAUGGGGCAGGUGACAAUCGAAAGACUGAUUAAAAUUGUGAUCACAAUGGUUGAUGAAAAAGAGGAUAAAACAAAAGAAAAGGCACUUUUUGAGGGCCUGAGAGCACCUGUCACUGCCAGUUCAUUACUUGAUGCCGACAUCAUUGAUAAGGCUACCUUUGAUAAACUCCAGCAGGGCAAAAAGCAGCCUAAAGAAAUUAGUGACACUGACACUGUCAAGAUGUACUUGCAGGGCACAGACUGCAUUGCAGGUGUCACCGUGGGAGAAUCAAAAGAGAAAAUGAGCAUAUAUCAAGCAAUGAAAAAGAAUAUUUUGCAACAAAACACUGGGCUUGCACUGCUUGAAGCCCAAGCAGCAAGUGGUUUCAUAACUGAUCCUGUCAAAAAUCAAAAAUAUACUGUGGAUGAUGCUGUGAAGGUUGGAGCUGUUGGCCCAGAGCUUCAUGAGAAACUUCUCUCAGCUGAAAAGGCAGUGACUGGAUACAAAGAUCCAUACACGGGCAAUAAGAUUUCCCUAUUCCAAGCCAUGAAUAAAGAGCUAGUGCUGCGGGAGCAUGCGAUUCCUUUUCUCGAGGUGCAGUUUACCACAGGAGGAAUCAUUGAUCCUGUCAGCAGCCAUCGGGUUCCAAGUGACGUGGCAAUUCAGCGUGGCUACUUCAGCAAACAGAUGGCUAAGUCCUUCAAUGAACCCUCAGGUGACGUUAAAGGUUUUACUGAUCCCAACACUAAUGAAAGUGUUACUUACAAGCAGUUAUUGGAGAAAUGCAUAAGAGAUCCCAACUCUGGUCUGUACUACCUGCCUCUGUCAAAGGCUGAAGCCCCUGCUCCUGUCGAAAAGUCCUAUAAGUACACAGAGGAGCAGGCCCAAACAGAUCUAGCUAACACUCAAAUUGAUAUCCCUCAUGAGAGUUUUGCAGGUAAGAGUAUGACCGUAUGGGAUGUUAUGAACUCAAACAUGCUUCCAGAACAGGAAAGGCGUCGGCUUAUGGAACAAUUUCGCUCAGGGCAAAUUUCAAAAGACAGAAUGCUUAUCAUCAUCAUUGAAAUCAUUGAACAAAGGGAGACUCUGAAGUCAGAGCAGAGCAUGUCAUGUGAUGUAAUAAGAAGGAGAAUUACCAUCGAGGAGCUUUACAGUGCUAGAAUCAUCGACUUGCAAACAUACAACCUGUUGAAACAAGAGAAAAUUACCAUUCGUGAAGUAAUGGAAAUGCCAUCAGUGAAACAGUACCUCUUUGGUACUGGUUGUAUUGCUGGAAUUAUGUCAGACAGCCCCCCAAAGAUUAGCAUUUACCAGGCUAUGAAGAGAGGACUCAUCAAACCUGAGGUUGCCUUGAAUCUCCUUGAGGCCCAAGCAGCAACAGGAUUCAUGAUUGAUCCAGUGAGAGAUGAACUUCUAACAGUUGAUGAGGCUGUGCGUAAGGGGCUUGUUGGCCCUGAGAUUCAUGACAAACUUCUUUCUGCUGAGAGAGCAGUUACAGGUUACAAGGACCCAUACAGUGGAAAAGUGAUUUCUCUCUUCCAAGCAAUGAAAAAGGACCUUAUCCCUGAAGACUAUGCCUUGAGGCUUUUGGAGGCCCAGAUUGCCACUGGUGGACUAAUGGACCCUGAAUACUACUUCCACCUGCCCUCAGAUGUUGCCAUGCAACGCGGAUACAUCAACAAGGAGACUUAUGACAGAAUAUCCGAUCCUAAUGGGGAUGUGCAAGGUUACACUGAGCCAACUACAGAUGAGAAACAAUCCUAUGCCCAGCUUCUGAAAAGAUGCAAAGUUGAUAAAGAAAGUGGUUUACGGCUGCUCUCACUGGCAGAUAGAAGGCUUCUCUUUAAAGGUCUGAGAAAGCAAAUCACUGUGGAUGAGCUGCUUCGCUCUCAGAUUAUUGACCAAAAGACAUACACUGAAUUGACUGAGGGUGUCACUACAGUGGAGGAGGUCAGCAGAGACCUUAAGAAGUACCUUGAGGGUUCCAGCUGUAUUGCUGGAGUGUACAUAGAAUCUAGCAAAGACCGGCUGUCUAUUUACCAAGCAAUGAAGAAGAACCUGAUCAGACCAGGGACUGCCUUUGAGCUUCUUGAGGCUCAAGCAGCCACAGGAUAUGUCAUUGACCCCAUCAAGAACUUGAAACUAAAUGUCAGUGAAGCUGUUAAAAUGGGUAUUGUUGGCCCUGAGUUCAAAGACAAACUCAUCUCAGCAGAGCGUGCCGUAACAGGCUACAAAGACCCUUAUUCUGGCAAGAUCAUUUCUCUAUUCCAGGCUAUGAAAAAGGGCCUCAUUCUAAAAGACCAUGGCAUUCGCUUGCUAGAGGCUCAAAUUGCUACUGGUGGAAUCAUUGAUCCAGAGGAGAGCCACCGCCUGCCAGUUGAAGCAGCAUAUGAACGUGGACUCUUUGAUGAGGAAAUGAAUGAGAUCCUCACUGAUCCAUCAGAUGAUACCAAAGGCUUCUUUGACCCCAACACUGAGGAAAAUCUCACCUACCUACAGCUCUUGGAGAGAUGCUUUAUAGACCCAGACACAGGACUUGCUCUCCUGCUGCUGAAAGAAAAGAAGCGUGAGAGGAAGACAUCAUCAAAGUCAUCUGUGCGCAAACGCAGAGUAGUCAUUGUUGACCCAGAGACAGGCAAAGAGAUGUCUGUGUAUGAGGCAUAUCGCAAAGGACUCAUUGAUCACCAGACCUAUUUAGAGCUUGCAGAGCAGGAGUGUGAAUGGGAGGAAAUCACCAUCACCUCAUCUGAUGGAGUUGUGAAAUCCAUGAUCAUUGACAGGAGGUCCGGUCGGCAGUAUGACAUUGAUGAUGCAAUCUCAAAGGGUCUUAUUGACAAGUCAGCACUGGAUCAGUAUCGGGCAGGAACUCUGUCCAUCACAGAAUUUGCAGACAUGCUCUCUGGAAACAUGAGUGGUGUCAGAUCACGGUCAUCCUCCUUUGGCUCCUCUUCCUCAUACUCCAUGAGCCCAGUACCUGCUCUGAAAACUCCAGCAACCACAUGGAAUGACCCAACAGAAGAAACUGGUCCUGUGGCUGGGAUCCUAGACACAGACACUCUGGAGAAGGUGUCUGUUACAGAGGCUAUGCACAGAAACCUUGUGGACAAUAUAACAGGUCAAAGGUUGCUGGAAGCCCAGGCGUGCACAGGAGGCAUCAUUGACCCAAAUACAGGAGAAAAAUUCACAGUUGCAGAUGCAGUGAACAAAGGGCUUGUGGAUAAGAUCAUGGUUGACCGCAUCAAUCUAGCCCAGAAGGCUUGUAAUGGAUUUGAGGAUCCCAGAACAAAAACCAAAAUGUCAGCAGCUCAAGCACUAAAAAAAGGAUGGCUGUACUAUGAGGCUGGGCAGCGAUUCCUUGAAGUCCAGUAUCUUACUGGUGGAUUAAUUGAACCAGACAUCACCAGCAGAGUUUCCAUAGAUGAGGCUGUAAAGAAGGGCACAUUAGAUGCACGCACUGCACAAAAGUUACGAGAUGUUAGUGCAUACUCUAAAUACCUCACAUGCCCUAAAACAAAGCUUAAAAUAUCUUACAAAGAUGCCAUGGAUAGAAGCAUGAUAGAAGAGGGGACUGGUCUCCGUCUACUGGAAGCAUCAUCCCAGUCAAGCAAAGGCCUUUACAGCCCCUAUAGUAUUAGCGGGUCAGGCUCUGCUACUGGUUCACGGUCUGGCUCCAGGACUGGCUCCAGGUCAGGCUCUAGAAGGGGCAGCUUUGAUGCCACAGGAUCAAGUUUCACUACAACAACCUUCUCCUCCUCCUCCUCUUACAGUUCACCAAGCUAUGGCCGCCGAUACUAAUGACCUCACUUGGUAAAAGUAAAGGAAUGGUUUUCUGAGGGAAGGAUAAACAAUAUAACCACAGUGCUCACCAGAUGCCUAAUUCAAAAUGGAAUAAAGACUACCUUUAUUCUGCUCUGCAUGUGGUUGUUACAAGACUUUUAACAUGCAUUUCUUUUACAAGUUGAAACAAUUUCUUCAUUAAUUUUUAUGUUUAGUUACAUGUAUGAUGAUAUCAUUUAAACUAUCAUAUCAGGUUCUUUUCAGAAAUACCAUACUUUAACCAAUUGUAUACAUAAAAGCUGUAGUUUUUUUUUUUUAUUUAGAAUAUCUAUGACAAAGGUUUCAAGUAUAUAUGAUAUAUUUUCUAUUUUUAAAGUUUGUUAUUGAAAGUAUAUAGUGUUCUGCAAACAUAAGAUGGUAUUUGCUUUUGAUUUUUUUGUGCCAUAACUGAAGCGUUCAUGUCAGUUUACUUUUUUGUUAAAGUGAACCAAAUUAGGUGUACAAACAAGCCAUGAAACAGAAAUUUCUGUAUAUGUGUACAUUACUGAAUUUUAAAAGGAAAAAAAUUGUUAAAGAAAGAUGAAUGCCACUCUGCAGAGCAGAAUAAGGAGUCUCCUAAAGAACACUAACACUAAAGGUGUCUGCUGUAAGAAUACCAAGCUUCAAGAUCUUUUUCCAUUCUGGGCUACGCUGCUGCAUUUACCCUGCCAAUGCCAACGAAUUCCGCCCCAUUCCCAAUUCUCAUUCUCAUAAAACCUGGAGUUACAGCGACAUGAAUAAACAAGGAGCAAGCUACUCUACAUGUGGAUUAUGUAGCCCAGCAUGACCAUCAACACCCAUCAACACCAUCUGACAGCUUUCGACUUUUCAUGCCCAACUCCACAACCAUCAAAAACAAGACCAUCACAAACAGGCCGCUGUCUUCCAGACAUUUCAAACAUAUAUGCCCCUCAUGAUUCAUCCUCUCUCAAGCUUUUUCUUCAGAUGUCUUCCAGUGACCCACAGGAGCAAUUUGGACUGUGGCAUAUAUUGUAGUCAAAGCCCAAGGCUGGAUAAACUUUGAACCUGGAAUCUAAUCUGUAGGUCAUUAACAGUUUCAGGGAAGCCCUAACCCAGUCUUUGGAAGUGCCUGCACAAGACUGUGAUGAGAUAUUUAGUAGUCUAACAUGGUGCAGUGAUUAAACUGUAAAUUGAUUGAUGCUUGACUGAAAGAGGAAUAAUAUCCAUAACCCAUGACUGAUAUGAUUACUGUGCUAUCAGGUAAAGCCAUUCUACAGUCCAGCUGUGUCACAUUCUAACUUUAAGAUAAUAGUUUUGGUGUCAUAAUUCUCAUAUUCCCACAGGGCUAAAAUAUAUGGUUUGAAUGUUUAAUGUCUGUAACAUUUUAAUGAGCAAUCUUUUUUUUCUGGAAGAACUCUUCUCUGACAAAUAAUGUAAUGUAUUGUAUUUACUGUAUAUUGCUGUUUAGAUCGCACUAUCGCUGAAAGCCAUUAAUUAACAUUUCCUUGAGAAAGAUCUUUAAGCUUUGUCACUUAUUGCCACCAGACCCAAUAUUUGUAUUUGCCACCAAGUACAAUUGUUUUGAUGUUAAUUUUCCUUUGUAAAGCAUUAUAUCCUAUUGAUAUCACUUUAUUUUCAUAUUAUAUAUUUUUUUUGCUUUGCAUGUUUUACUAACAUUGGAAAGAUGCAAUACGAAACAGUAACAUCCAUUAAAGCAUUUCUUUUGUUAUUACAUUUUAAAAAGUUUGAAGGAUGUAUUUUAAUGAGUUGAGUUACCACGCCUUGUUUAAAAUGGUGUAUUUAUAGUCAAAUGGUAACAAGGAAUUUUAAUGUAACACCUUAAAUGAUGUAAAUAAACAUGGAAAUGAGAUAUCUCUCAA